AUGGCCCUUCCUCUCGAGCUUGCCCGUCCGCUUGACGUUCUACUCAUCGACAACUUUGACUCGUUUACCUGGAAUCUUUAUCAGUCGCUCUGCCUGCUGGGUGCAGAUGUUACUGUCAUUCGAAACGAUGCCAUCUCUCCGGAUGCCUUUCCCAGCCUGCAAAUAAACUCGCUCAUCAUUUCCCCCGGACCUGGACACCCCACGACCGAUUCAGGCAUCUCGCGCGACGCAAUCAAGUAUUUCGCCGGAAAAGUGCCCAUUCUCGGUGUAUGCAUGGGCCUCGAAUGUCUUGUAGACGCUUUUGGCGGGCAGAUUGGAUACGCCGGUGAAAUUAUGCACGGCAAGACAUCCCGGAUACGACAUGAUUCUCGUGGCCUCUUUCAUGGCCUCCCGUCGUCGUUCCCGUGCACUCGAUAUCACUCACUGAGCGCUGCAACCACGUCGCUUCCCCCGUGCCUCGCCGUGUCGGCAACUACAGAAGAAAGCGGCGUGAUCAUGGCUGUCCGGCACAGGACAUUUACAAUAGAAGCAGUGCAGUAUCACCCUGAGAGCAUUCUCAGCGAACAGGGAGAUACUCUGCUCGCGAAUUUCUUGAAACUCCGAGGCGGGCGCUGGGACUAUGAGACGAACGAACAAUUUGGCGUUGGAAAAGAGGAACAAUCGGCGGAGAACGGAAAUGCACAUGCAGGUCCAAGCUCUUCACAGGUCCCGACGAUCCUUGAGAAGAUAUAUUCACAACGCAUGCGCGACGUCGAAACUGCAAAGGCGACACCGGGAACGAAGCCUGCAGACUUGCAGACUGCCCUCGCUCUCUCCCUUUCUCCACCUCCUAUCUCAUUCCUUGCCGCGCUUACCGAUGGCCCACGGCCUGCCCUGAUGGCCGAGAUCAAGCGAGCAUCCCCUAGCAAAGGUGCAAUCGCUCUGGACACCAAUGCCGCGCGACAGGCGCGCGCGUAUGCUCUCGCAGGAGCGUCUGUCAUAUCAGUACUGACUGAACCUCACUGGUUCAAAGGCGGACUUGGGGACAUGCGUGCCGCGCGGGCGGCGGUAGACGGGCUGCAGCGACGGCCGGCAAUCCUCAGAAAGGAUUUCAUUUUCGACGAGUACCAGAUUGCGGAGGCGCGGCUGAACGGUGCGGACACCGUGCUCCUCAUUGUUGCCAUGCUGCCUGAGGACCGGCUGCGCGCACUGUAUGCGUACUCUUGCUCACUUGGAAUGGAGCCUUUAGUAGAGGUGAACAACGCUCGCGAGAUGAAGAUUGCGCUUGACCUCGGUGCACGGGUCGUGGGCGUCAACAACCGCAAUUUGCACGAUUUUAACGUAGACAUGGGCACCACAAGUCGGCUCGCGGAAGUUGAGGGUGUACGCGAACGAGGAAUCGUGCUCUGUGCGUUAAGUGGAAUAUCGGGACCGGAGGACGUGAGGAUGUACGUCCGUCAGGGUGUCCGCGCGGUGCUCGUCGGAGAGGCACUCAUGCGCGCACCCGAUACGCAUACAUUCAUCCGACAACUCUUGGAUUGGCCCACGGAAGAAUCAAACUCGGAAACCAUGGACGGACCCCCGCCUCCAUUAGUGAAGAUUUGCGGGAUCCGCACUGAAGAGGAAGCUCUCCACGCGAUGGAAUCAGGUGCAGACAUGCUCGGGAUCAUGUUCGUACCAAGUAGUAAGCGGUAUGUGUCCCUUGCACAAGCACAAAAAAUUUCCGUCGCUGUGCAUGCGUCGCGUUUCGCGCGGCCCGUGCGCGAGGAUCUUCUCCCCGCCCCUGACGUCGAUACGCGAACGACUACGCGCUUGCCGUGGUUUUCUGCGCACGCACGUCGCGUCAGGGAGUCUCUGCGCGAUGCCGAUUCUCCUGGCCGCCCGCUGCUCGUUGGCGUGUUCCAGGAUCAGCCGCUUGCCACGAUCACACAAGCCGUGGAGGUGGCCCAGCUUGACAUGGUCCAGCUGCACGGGCGAGAGCCGGCAGAGUGGGCGCAGCAUAUCCCUGUGCCUGUCGUGCGCGUGUUCCACGUGUCUGGCGAAGGCGAAGAAGGCUUGCAAGAGUUGACGCGUCCUGGGUUGAACGAGUUCGUCCUACUCGAUGCGGUGCGCCCUGGAGAGGCGAAUGGCUUAAGUGGUGGGACAGGCGUCAGGGUUGACUUGGAGCUCGCUAGGAGGAUAGUGCUGAGAGGAGAAGUUGGGGCAGGUUUGGCACUCGAUGAGAAGAGCGUAUCCCUCGAUGCGGCGAUGCCCAUCAUUCUAGCAGGCGGACUUACACCUGAGAAUGUGAGGGAGAUUGUAGAGACAGUGCGUCCGUGGGCUGUGGACGUAAGUGGCGGUGUCGAAGCAGAGGAUGGGCGAGGAAAGGAUCCGCGGAAGGUACAGUUGUUUAUACAGGCGGCGAAAGGGCUCCUUAUGGAGUAG